UGUGUGAGAGAGAGAGAGAGAGAGAGAGAGAGCUGAGCAGAGGGGAGGGCCCACAGUCUGAGCACUUCCUGUUUUCUGAGAGCAUCUGACUGCACACAGGCAGCAGGAGAAUGUAUGUUCAGCUGAACACACCCGAAGUGAAGGCUAAGUGAGAGCUGCUGCUGUAAAUGCAGAUUGAGUCCAGCGUCGCCCGCGUCCAUCCCUCCUUCCCCGCCUUCCCUCCAGCUGCACCGGCUCGCCCUGCUGUCUCUGGGCGAAGAUAGCGCCUGUGGAGCCGGCCAUGGCCGUCAUCUAACCCCGGGCCCCAAGGAGAAGCAGAGAGGGAUAGCCUAGCGGUCUGUGGCGCCGCACCGCUGUGCAUCUUUCUGUGCAGGACACUGUUAGGGUCUUACUGCUUCCCUGAGCGCAGUGGUUUAGCAGCAGGCUCGUUUUUUUUUCCUUCUUUUCUUCUUCCUCUUCUCAAACCUUCAGCCUUCGUCUUCAGGGCUUGGAGAAGGUUCGGAUGUGCCGUUUCAGGUGACCCACGAUAUGGCUGUUCUGAAACUCGUCGAUCAGCCACCUCUUGUUCAGGCCAUCUUCAAUGGAGACCCUGAGGAGAUACGCAUGCUCAUCUUCAAAUCGGAGGACAUCAAUGCACUGGAUGCUGAGAAGCGUACUCCUCUCCAUGCUGCAGCGUUUCUGGGUGAUGCUGAGAUCACCGAGCUCCUCAUCCUCUCCGGGGCCCGGGUCAAUGCCAAAGACAACAUGUGGCUCACCCCUCUUCACAGGGCUGUGGCAUCUAGGAGUGAGGAGGCAGUGCGUGUGCUGAUCCGUCACUCGGCUGACGUGAACGCACGGGAUAAGAACUGGCAGACGCCGCUGCACUUGGCUGCAGCUAACAAGGCUCUGCGCUGCGCUGAGGUCAUCAUCCCGCUCCUCAGCAGCGUAAACGUCUCUGACCGUGGGGGACGCACCGCCCUGCACCAUGCCGCCCUCAAUGGACACACAGAGAUGGUCAGCCUGCUUUUGGCUAAAGGUGCUAACAUCAAUGCCUUUGAUAAGAAGGAUGGCCGUGCUCUCCACUGGGCUGCGUACAUGGGUCACUUAGACGUGGUGUGCCUGCUGGUGGACCAGGGGGCAGAAGUCAGCUGUAAGGACAAGCGAGGAUACACACCUCUCCAUGCUGCCGCCUCCAAUGGACAGAUCAGUGUGGUCAAACACCUGCUCAACCUGUCUGUGGAGAUUGAUGAGGCUAAUGCGUUUGGAAACACAGCCCUGCACGUGGCCUGUUUUAACGGUCAGGACGCGGUGGUCAGUGAACUGAUUGACUAUGGGGCCAACGUGAGUCAGCCCAACAACAAAGGCUUCACUCCUCUCCAUUUUGCUGCUGCAUCCACACAUGGAGCCCUCUGCCUGGAGUUCCUGGUCAACAAUGGAGCUGAUGUCAAUGUGCAGAGCCGAGACGGGAAGAGUCCUCUUCACAUGACAGCGGUGCAUGGACGCUUCACCCGCUCCCAGACCCUCAUCCAGAACGGUGGAGAGAUAGAUUGCGUGGAUAAGGAUGGAAACACUCCGUUACACAUUGCCGCUCGCUACGGCCAUGAACUCCUCAUCAACACCUUAAUCACCAGUGGAGCCGACUGCACCAGGAGAGGAGUUCAUGGAAUGUUCCCCCUCCAUCUGGCUGCUCUGAAUGCUCAUGCUGACUGCUGCCGGAAACUUCUCUCCUCAGGCUUCCAGAUCGACACUCCGGACAGCCUGGGGCGGACCUGUCUGCACGCCGCCGCUGCUGGAGGUAAUGUGGAGUGUGUGAAGCUGCUGCUCAGCAGUGGAGCCGACCACAACCGAACGGACAAACAUGGGAGGACUCCUCUUCACUAUGCGGCUGCCAGUCGUCAUUUUCAGUGCCUGGAGACUCUGGUGUCCUGCGGUACCUGCAUUAAUGCCACUGACCAGUGGGGGCGCUCUGCCCUGCACUAUGCUGCUGCCUCUGAUCUGGACAGGAGGCGACGUGUAGCCCUGGAGCCAGAGAGUCCUGGAGUGCAAGCGGAGAAGGAGAAGGAGGCAGCUUUGUGCCUAGAGUUCCUCCUGACGAGUGGAGCCACUGCCGCACUGAAGGAUAAGCAGGGUUACAGUUCUGUUCACUACGCUGCUGCCUAUGGCCACAGACACUGCCUGGAGCUGCUCUUGGAAAGAGAAGACAACCAUCAGGAUGAGACGGAGAGUUCCAGCACUCGGAGUCCGCUGCAUCUAGCCGCGUAUCAUGGUCAUGCAAAGGCUCUGGAGGUGUUGUUGCAGGGUCACUGCGAGGUGGAUCAGGGGGAUGAGGUGGGCCGCACUGCACUGGCAUUGGCCGCCCUCAGGGGCCACACUGACUGUGCUCUGACCCUGCUGAACCACGGAGCAUCACCACGCAGCAGAGACACCGCCCGUGGACGCACCCCCAUCCACCUCGCAGUGAUGAAUGGUCAUACGUCGUGUGUGCGCCUCCUACUGGAAGACUCUGACAGUGCAGAUCUGGUGGAUGCAGCUGAUUCUCAGGGACAGACCCCCCUAAUGCUGGCAGUGGUCGGGGGUCAUGUAGAUGCUGUGUCUUUGCUGUUGGAGCGAGAAGCCAGUGUGGACACAGCUGACCAUCAGGGACUGACUGCACUUCACUUAGGGCUGCUGUGUGGGCAGGAGGAGUGUGUGCAGUGUUUGCUGGAACAGGAAGCCUCAGUGUUGUUGGGAGACUCCAGGGGCCGCACGGCUCUGCACCUUGCUGCCGCGAAGGGCCACGCGUCCUGGCUGAGCGAACUGCUGAGCAUAGCCUGUGCUGAGCCACCCACACCGCCGCUACGAGACCACCAAGGAUACACACCCCUACACUGGGCCUGCUACAACGGUCAUGAUGGAUGUGUGGAGGUGCUACUCGAACAGAAAGGCUGUCGGUGUUUUGAUGGAAACCCCUUCACUCCUCUGCACUGUGCUGUAGUGAAUAACCACGAGUCCUGUGCCACUCUUCUGCUGGAAGCCAUGGGCUCGGAGAUAGUGACCUGCAAGGACUCCAAGGACAGGACACCUCUUCAUGCGGCUUCGUUUGCCGGCCAUGUGGACUGUGUCCAGCUGCUCCUGGCCCAUGAUGCUCCUGUGGAUGCCUUGGACCAAUCAGGGCGCAGUGCGCUCAUGAUGGCGGCGGAGAGAGGAGCAGUCGGAGUUGUAGAGGCUCUUCUCACCAGCGCCAGUGCAGACCUGAGUUUGACUGAUCAGAAAGGCAACACCGCGCUACAUCUCGCUUGCAGUAAUGGAAAGGAAGACUGUACUUUGUUCAUUUUAGAGAAACUUCCAGAUGCCACACUUGUCAGCGCCACAAAUGCUGCACUCCAGACUCCCCUCCACCUGGCUGCCCGCAGUGGUCUGAAGCAGACGGUGCAGGAGCUGUUGUCCCGCGGUGCCAGCGUGCAGGUUCUGGACGAGAACGGUUUUACUCCCGCUCUGGCUUGCGCUCCUAGCAGAGAAGUGGCUGACUGCCUGGCUCUCAUUCUGGCUACCAUGAUGCCUUUCUGCUCCCCUUGCAGCUCCGGAGCGCCCUCCCCAGGGGCCCUGCUGAGGUCCCUGCCCCACCAAGCCAAAAGCCCCCAGGGGCCACGGGGCCCUUCCAGCGAGGGCACCCCCACAGAGAAUGACUCGGACUCAGAGACCUUUUGACCUCUGCCCUGCCUGGAGUCCUUCUUCUAUAAGUUCUCGAAGCACUUAGCCUAGUGGACCUCACAGAAACUGUACAAAAAGUCCUCCGUUUCCAUGUACAGAGGAGAUCUUUAAGAGAUUAUGACGCAUGAUGUCUUGUUUAUGCUUCUCGCAGCCACAUGAAUAUGAAGCCUCGUACAUUUUGCCAUAUUGGAGUGACUUUAGUUGGUGGCAUUAUGUUGCAUUCCAUUAUACUCUAAGCUCUCACUUGGAAAUAUGUAAUGAAGCGAUCACCUAAAUAGAAAGUCCCAGCCUGAAAACUAGGGCACAAACUUUCAGAAUAGAUAAGAAGUGAUAAGAAUAGUUUUGGAACAAUGCAGCAUUAAUGUAGAUCCUCUUAAAGGGGAAUUCCACCAGUUUUUCCAAAUUUUUGCAUAAUUUUAUUGUUGAGAUGUAAACAAUGUCAUUAAGAGAGGUUUGUGAACUGGUUAAUUGUAGGGAAACUUACCAACCUGGAUUUCUUUAUAGUGGUGGUGAUAGGAACCAGAGGUUGCAAUGUUUUUAAUGCAGAUAUAUCCAUGUUAUUUACUUUAGAGGCAUUAAAAGCUUCAGACGUCUGGUUCCUAUCAGCACCACUUUGAACCCUUCAGAGAAGGCCUCAUGAUUUCCAGGAAGUAAAAAAUACAUGUCUAAUUUUAUUUCAUUUUUAAUCAAUAGAAUCAUGCUUUAAUUUAAACUCACAAAUUAGCAUUACUGUACUGCUCUUGUUUCAGUGUUUGGAAACAAAGGAGUUAUAUUGUUGAAACACCCUAUGAAAAAUUGGCCAAUCGGGCAUAUUUUUCCUCCGUGGUAUCUAGGUAGAUAGCUAAGUGGCUAAACAAGCUCUUCUUCUAUUGGUUAGGACUUCAAGAGCUAAAGAGAAGGCCUAAAAUGUUAAAAUAACAAAGUUAUCAUAAUUGUCAUAAUUAUCAGCAUAAUUGCAAAGUGACAAAGGAAACAGCCAAUCCUGUUUUGAGUCCAAAUUUAUUAGAAAAAAACUCCUCCUUCCUUCUGGAAGUCCUAGAUAUGUCACUAACUGUGAAUAUGAGCAGCAAUCUAAUCAGUGGGUUGUUAGAAAUGGGAAAACAGCAGCAGCACUGUACCAGGCCUCUCUACUGAGUCCCUGUGAAACUGCUACAGAGUUAAAGCAUAUGCUAAUAUGUCUGUCACCAGUUUAAAGUAAAACAUGGAAUGUCUUUAAGAAAGUUUAAUUGACAGUGUUUAAUGUAAAACUGCUAAGAAACAUUCUUGUGAAUCAACAUUAACUUAGCGCUAACAAACUAUUGGAAUCCCAUGGGGACACUAGCAGAAGUUAGCAUUAUUGGAGAGGUGGGUUUCUUUUCCUGAAAUUUUGGCUGUGUUUUAAAAUUUAUGGCCCAAAUUGAAGGCCCAGCUUUAUUAGUCACAGUUCACCAUUACUGUGAACAACUCUGACUUCUGACUUCUUAAGUUUCUCUAGAAUGGAGCAUUUCAAACCACUCUGAAUGACUUUGUAUAGAUCUUGAUUUAAUUACCAGAAACUUUGAAAAAUUAAAACCUUUUAAGCUGCUAUAAAAACUUCAGUUUGCUGUCCCAAAUAGAAGCUGUGAAUGCACUUAAGCAGGACUUAUCCAACUUCCAAGUACAAUGGAAUGCAGCCUUAAUACCAUCAAGUCCCAAAGAAAGUAGGAAAGACACUCCUGCAAUACCUAACAAACUGUAGCAGCUGUUAUUCGGCUACACUGCCACCUGCAGUGAUGGAGUAGUAAAAUGCAUUGCUACAUUGAACAUGGAAAUCCGUGCAACUUGAAGAGAACACGUUGGUCUUUCAGCAGAGCUCAUUGGUGCGAAAAGCAUAAAUCAGCCUUAACAAGAAACUCGGUACACUUUCCUCUGUGCAGCACAGAGCGUUUUCUAAAGCCAUUUUAUAAUUGCUUUUACUUAACCUGAACCAUCCGUGGUGUAAAUAAUGUGUUUUUAUUUUGAUUUGACAGUUAAGGUUGCCAAAUAUUGACUCAGCAUAACCACACUUAGGGUACACUGUAUAUAGGGUGGGUUCCGGUGUCUUAGCCUGUGGACCGUUUGUAAGCACAAACCCCAUAGAAGCACAAUGUCAAGUCUCACUUGUUACUAAACAGCAGGCACCUCACAAAUCCUCACUUAUGUAGGUCACUAUUAGCUUGGAUCAGGGACCAAAUAAUGUUUGACAAGAGACCGACAGGGAAAUUGCAUGUUACUGCCACAGUCAGGCUGAGGUUAAAUAUAAGUAUAUAUGUAUUCCUAAAGUAUUUAUAUGCAAAAAAAUAGAACUUCUUGUUGGAAGCACAUUCAAAAUCCAGUGUAAUGUGUGGCUAGAUGUCCAAAAGUAUCCAGACACCUCUUCUAAUUAGUGAAUCUCCAUAGAAAAGCACUGGCAAUAGAAUGGGACGCUCUGGAGCAGCCACAAAUGAGCCUAAG